AAAACAACCGCAGCGCAAAGCCAACAGCAAUAAACCCCAACAACAAAAACCAGUAUUUUUUUUCCGCCCCCAAAUUUUCAUCAACCGCCAACUCCUCCAUCGAUUCCAAUGGAGGCCGAAGCCGAGGCCGAGAGAAUGGGAGCUCUAAAGAGAGCGUACGCUGAGGUUAUUCUUAACACAGCGAAGGAAUCGGCGGCGAGGAUUCUGUCAUCGGAGCGCAAAGCUCUUCGCUUUCAGCAAUCGCUGUUCUCUGCUAAAGAGGAAGCCCUCGCUGCGAUGAUCAGGUUGAAGAGCUUAAUGGACUCUAAGGUUAAAGAAGCAGAACUGACAUCUUUGGGUCAGGUAAAAAGAAUUCAGGAGCUUGAAGUCAAACUUAAUGAAGCACAAUACACAAUUGUGUCUCUUAGAGAGGAGUUGGAAAAGGCAAAUAAUGAAUUGAAGAAAGGGAAAAAUAACAUAAUUGAGCCAUUAAAUGGACAAAAUCCAAAUGGUCAAGCCAUUUCGGACAAUGGCAAAUGCCAGGAGAGCCAACUAAAUUCUGACUCCAAUGUGCAUCCUCUGGUUGCUUCUGGAAGUUUAUCGACAGGCACCAUUUCAGGCCAGAAGAUGAAAGGUGAUGUUUGUUCUUUCACAGGAAAUGCUACGGAUGCCGAAUUAUAA